CACACGAAUCCACCAUUUCGUACCGAUUCCCAUUGUCGUCUGGGAGUCCAUCUCCUCCCCCCAUCGUACCAUCGUCGCCCGAUCUGGCGCAUCAAAACCACCCGGCCCUCCAACCCCUACCUCGCCCUUCCGCCGCCUGAAGACGAGUUCCCCGACCUUGGCGAGUUACCCUCCGAACAACCACCCUCGCCCCCACCUACCACACCUGCUCCUACCAUGUCAGGACAUCACCGCAUCACCCUCGCCGCCAAUCCUCCCUACUUUGAUGGCGACAAGUCCAAGUACCUGGGCUUUGUGGACGCGUGCACCACUUACAUCGGUGCCUAUCGGUCAGAGUUCUCGCUGGACGAGACAAAAAUCCUCUUCGUCCUGUCCUACCUCCGAAAUGAGAGCGGCACAAGCUGCGCCGCCUCAAGAUGGGCGAUGAACUGGAAGCAGCACAAUUUCGAGGGCUUCCAAGGACUAAAGGCAGGAGUCACCGCAACAAGCUUCUUGGAGGAGCUUCAGAGGGCCUUUGGGAUUCUAACGCAGAGCAAGUCGCUGCCGCCCGACUCAUGGCCCUUCGCCAGGGCAGACGCAAGGGCGAGUACAGAAGGGGAACAGGACAAUAUCCUCAUCGAGUUCCUGGAGCGCGGACUCAGCAGCGAAAUUGCAAGCCGCCUCUACAACACCGGCGUUCCCCUGCCCAAGGCAUAUGCUGCGCAAAGCAUCGCCAUGCCAUCCGCACCACGACCGCCUCCCCAAUUCCGCCCUCAGGCAGCACCAGCGGCGCCCACGCCUGCCCCGACCCGACCGGCUGCCAACGAACCAGUCCCGAUGGAAAUCGAUCGGACCCAUGCCCGCGGACGCAAUAUCAUCUGCUACAACUGUCAGCAGCCUGGGCACAUCGCGCGGAAUUGUCCAGAGCCCAAGAAGAAGCGCACGUUCUUCAAUCGGGCCACAAUGCUGGAAGAGAUUGAGAACGGGGAUAAGGACAACGAGUUCCUCAAGGAGAUUGCCGUGAAGCUGCGCGAGAAGGGUUUUUGA